CCUGCUGCUUGACUCAACCUGUGGACCUGCGAGAGGACGGAGGCAGCCUGGGAGGGGUGCUCAUCCAUUCGCUACUAGCCGUCUAUGACCCACAGCAAGCGGGAAGCAGCUGCUUCGGAGACACCUCUUACAGCGCAGUCACCCCCAACCUUGAUGAGAAAUCGCGUUUUUGAUGGCAUUUAUGUGGAAGCGUCCGCCGCGCUCGUGGGGCAGAGGAGGCCUAACGUUAGCUCGCUAACAAGUUUGCGUGGAAUGGCCAUCUAACGGUCCUAAGAGUUCUUCAUGGAUCACAGAGAACAAUGAAAACAGUUUUACGGAGCAAAGCUGAACUCAUCAUCUGACUGACAGUGCAUGUGGCCUCCUCACUUGUUCACAGACAUCUGGUAGCAGCCGAAGGCCAAUUGCGAUGUACUGUAAACGGAGAGACAUGGGCUGUGGGGAUGCUCGGAGGCGCACAUUUCUUUCAAGUAGAACUAUCUCCCUAGUGAUGGGGCUUCUGGUGGCAGUGACUGGAGGCGCUGUGCAGGAGCAGCCUGAUCAGCUGGUGGAGAUUGUUUCAUUGGACCUGGAGGCGUCCAUGCAGUCCUCUGUGCUAUCCGACCUCCAAACUGCAGCCUCCUCUGUGGGUGACGGGCCACCUUUAGCUACCCCUGACUCCUCCACGAAGAUGCACACCAGCAUCCCAGACUCCUCUGCAAUAGUUGGACAAGUUUUCCAGCUGAAGGUCUCACCAGGAGCCUCCAAUGCAACCUGCCAGCUUCAUCUCACUGAGAUGGGAAAGGCAUCUCUACCGUCAUGGCUUCACUGGGACAACGAAAGCUGCGUUCUCAGAGGUCUGGCCCUGGAACAAGAUAAAGGCGUGUAUCACAUCCUGGUGUCAAGAGAGGAGAUUGCUGACAAGACUGGAAGCCAAGUAUCUCAAAGCACAGUCUUCUCCAUUGAAGUGUACCCAGAGGAGCGGGCAGAUGUUGAACCUGCUCUGCUGACUCUGCAGUCAGAUAUCGGCAGCCACCAGCCAUUCACCUGUGGCUCAGAGGAACCGGUGACAGUCCUCACAAUCAUACUGGAUGCGGAUUUGACAAAGAUGGUUUCUGAACAGAGGGUUAAUUUACUGGGCAUCAUGAACACAUUUUCCCACGUGCCCCCUGAGCACAUGAGGGUUGUCCCUGUCGUUAACAACCGCCUGUUCGACAUGUCUGCUUUCAUGGCGGGACCCGGAAAUGCCAAAAAGGUGGUGGAAAACGGAGCUCUUCUGUCCUGGAAACUCGGAUGUGGCCUUGACCAGAGCACUGUUCCAGACAUCAGCAGCGUCCAGUCCUCUGCCAAAGACGGAAGCAUGUCUGCUAGGCUUGGGUACCCGGUUGUUGGCUGGCACAUUGUCAACAAGAAACCUCAUGGAGUAAAGCGUGUCAGAAGACAGUUGUCCAACACGCCAACGCCAUCACUAUCGUUACCUCCUCCGACUUCUCACCCAGAACCUCCCAUGCGAAUCAUUCCCACACCAACGUCCCCCUCCAUUGCUCCAGCCACAGAUAUCUCUGCACCGCCAGUCCGUGGUCCUUUACCACUCCCUGUAAAACCCACGAUGAGAGUCCGUGACCAAAUUGCCCACACUCCAGUCUUCGGUCCUCCUCAACCAACCAGAGUACUUGGCACAACAAGUACAAUUCCCAUCCAGCCAACAAUGACCAGGCCCACAUUUGUGGAGGCCACAGCGAUACCAACUUUGCCAAGCACCACCAAAAGACCCAAACCAUCUUCCACAAGGAAACCCAAGAAACCCAGACCUUCAAACGUUACACCUCGAGUACCCAAUUCUACAACAGCAAAACCUCCCAGACGUGCAACCACUCUUUCUUUGGUUCCAGAUUCGAAUCAAACCCCAGAGAUCCAGAACCCUAUUGAUCAGGUGAAUGCGUGGGUUGGAACAUACUUUGAAGUCAAGAUUCCUCCUGACACGUUCUAUGACAAAGAGGAUGGUACAACUGAUAAGUUGCGUUUGACUUUGAAAGAAACACCUAAGGAUGUGGUGGGUGAAAAAUCUUGGAUCCAAUUUAACAGCACCAUCCAGCUGCUGUAUGGACUCCCAGAGGAGCAGCAUGUGGGCAAACACGAGUACUUCAUGCUCGCCACUGAUAAAGGUGGGCGGAGUAUCAUGGACGCAUUUGAAGUUCAAGUGAACCGCUGGUCAACCCAAGACAAACCAUCUGUUGUUUUUGCUGCUCGAUUCCAUGGUGAUCCCAAAACAUUGAGCAAUGAUGUCCAGAAAAAGAUUCUUCUCACUAAAAAACUGGCCUAUGCGCUAGGUGAUCGCAACACAAGCACAGUGACACUGAAGAGCAUCACUCGAGGCUCCAUUGUGGUGGAGUGGACCAACAAUAGUCUCCAGCAGAGUCCUUGUCCAAAAGACCAAAUUUCGAUUCUCAGUAACAGGAUAUCAGACCAGCAAGGCACCCCAAAGCCUGCCUUUGUCAAAGCCAUGGAGCCUGAAUUCAAACCCAUAAACAUCUCAGUUCGUGGUACCAACAAGUGUCAGAGGUACACGUUUGUUCCACCUGGAGAGAUUCCUGUGCCUGUCCUGCCCACGCCGUCGCCCUCACCAGGGGCAGGGCGAGUUAGCACCGAUGAUGUCUACUUGCACACAGUCAUCCCUGCUGUUGUGGUCGCGGCGCUCCUGCUCAUCGCUGGUAUCAUUGCGAUGGUGUGCUAUCGUAAGAAGCGCAAGGGGAAGAUGACAAUAGAAGAGCAAGCCACCUUUAUCAAGAAAGGCGUUCCGAUCAUUUUUGCUGAUGAGCUGGACGAUUCAAAGUCUCCCCCAUCAUCCAGCAUCCCACUGAUCCUUCAGGAGGAAAAGCCCCCUCUACCGCCUCCGGAAUACCCCAACAUGGCCGGACCACACAGCACCCUGCUCAAUCAGGAUCUUCUCGAGGAUUACUCCAUCUACCAAGACGACGACCCAAACGCUCCUCCCUACCAGCCUCCACCCCCUUUCACCGUCCCCAUUGAGGGCAAAGGCUCUCGACCCAAGAACAUGACCUCGUACAGGUCACCACCUCCCUACGUGCCUCCCUAAUGCUCACUGCGAGGUGACAGGCAGGUACACUGGGGAUUCUCAUUGAAAACAACCACAUGAGUGACUGAAGAUGUGCUCAAUGACACUCAGCUUUGUAGAGGAGCUGGCAACCAUACCCAUGUCACCGACCAUCAUGGAUGAGACUCUGGUUAUGACCACUACUGGCACAGGAUCAACCAUUUUUACCCCACCCUUUGAUUUUCUCCCACCGAUCCGCUUUUGACUUCUUGCAAAAUGAUUUAGUUUGUUAUUGCCAAGACGAGUCAAUUUUAUCUUCAAUGAUGUACUAUUUCUAUUGUAUAGAAAAUAAUAAAGACGCAGGAAAGACUGAAGCCCUCUGGGCAUUUUAAGCAGAUGUCGCCAUGACAACAGACUUGAGGCUCUCACCCACUAUGUUAAUCUUUGAGUUUCAUAUCGCUCUGAUCUGUCUUUUGCUAGGUUUACUAAGACUUUGCUGACGUUAUUUCUUGAGGGGACGAAACAAAAAAACUGAACGCAUGAAGCAUUAAAAUUACUUUUUUUUUUUUUUAAAUCUGUCCGUUAUCUCCUUUGCUUUCUCCCCUUUGACAAUAACAUACAUACGUCGCACUUAUGCAAACUCUUGUUAAACCUUGCACUAAAUGUAUGUCUUGUGCAGAGCUGAGCGCGGUUUCAUUUUCUAUCAUCUGACUUUUCACAUUAUAACUCUGGUACUUAAUCACAGUUUUUUCUAGAUGUAGCUCAAAUAAGUUACAAAACUCUGAAACGUGCCACUGAACCUGCGUAUGAGAUGACCAACUCUCCCGUCGCCAUGGUGACGGCGGUCACCUCGGUCACAAGGCUAAUGGCAGGGGUUGCCACAACAAUAAUGAAGGCGCCAGUGGAAUGCUGCGGUUCACAGCAGGACUCGAAUCGGCCGUCUUACGUUUGGUCAUUUAAUGGGGAGGAGGGAACCUUAGAGUACUGUAUGAUCACUGCUCAGCCUCUGGGUGAUGCCCUGUCAUGCCGGGUGCUUGUUAGUUUGGAGGCGUUGUGUGGACAUUAGGAUGUACAUAAUCGUGUGCCUGUGAAAUCCCAUAAUGUUUGUGUUUAUUCAGUGAACCUAGUCUGGAGGGGGGGAGGGGCAAGAGGGAAAUUAUUUUUAAAUUGUCUGGGUUGCGAACAAACAAGUCGACCUGGCCCAUCGUUAAAAAAAGAAUAAUCCAUAAUGACUGAACAAAGCCCAUAAAAAGAUGUGAAUUAUGUACAUUUCAUAUCAGCGUAAGAAAAAAAUGAUUAAAAUCUAAUGUUUUUACCGAGUUUUUGAUACAGUCUUAAACUUGUUUUAUGAAAGUAUAUUAAUAAAAUGUAAUACUAUUUGUAAAGCCUCAACUGUGUUUACGGGUUUUAUUCAAAGGAGUUGUUUUGUGUGUGCUUACAGUGGAUUUUCUUCUGCGUCGGGACGUUCUUUCUCGAAUGAGUAAGUCUCAGGAGAACACCGCCAGGCUAGCCACGUUUUCUGAAAGACAAUGCAGAGAACAAGUGAGUAGGAUGCAGUAAUUUAGCAGCAAGAACAAAGAUGCCCCCAAAAAUAAUGGUGUGUGUGGCAGAAUAUAUUAAAAUGUAACAUGAAGUAAGAAGUUAGAGUUGAGUUUCUGUGGAAAAAUAAGGUACCAGAUUAAAAGAAAAAUAAUCUGUGUUAAAGAUUACAUUUUAAAUAUGUCAUUUAUAUUGAAAGGUGAAUCAGAAUUUGGUUGAUCACGAA